AUGAACACCUUCCUGCUGUCCGCCCUGUGCCUCCUUGGAGCCUGGGCCACCCUGACAGGAGGAGUCAUCGUGAAGGAUGGAGACUUCUCCUUUUCUCUGGAGUCGGUGAAGAAACUCAAGGACCUCCAGGAGCUCCAGGAGCCUAGAAUCCCUAGAAAUCCUGUUGGACCCAUCGCUUCCAACCUUUGUAGCUUGCCUACUUUUCCCGAAGAACUCAAGCCUCUUUGCAAGGAGCCCAACGCCCAGGAGAUCCUGGACAGGCUGGGGGCCAUCGCAGCGGAUCCAAGCACGUGUGAGAUCUGUGCCUACGCGGCUUGUGCUGGAUGCUAG